UAAGUUUAGAGAGCCACAGCGGUCGCCGAGUUAGGGUUUGCGAUCAGAUUCAGUAACAGGGGGCUGUUCAUAACCAUCAUUUCAUUUCUUCUACUUGUUUAUAAUUAUUUUUUAAAAAUCUAUUUCUCACUCUCUCACACAUAUAGAUAAGAUUGAGAGAGAAAUAGAAAGAGAUGCCGACUUAUAAAAUAAGGGGAAUAGAUGUUGAAUUUCCGUUCGAGGCCUACGAUUGUCAGAUUGUUUACAUGGAAAAAGUCAUUCAAUCCCUUCAACAAAGGUCUAACGCGCUACUCGAGAGUCCGACCGGGACCGGUAAGACGUUGUGUCUUCUAUGCGCAACUUUAGCCUGGAGAAAGAGUUUAGGUCCUUUCUCGAACGGUCGGACUGCAGCCAGAAGUCAGGAUACUGGAGGUAAUCAAUCAGAAGGCUCGUCUUCGCAGACGGAAUCUUCAGGGCUUCCUACUAUUGUGUAUACUUCACGCACUCACAGCCAGAUUCGACAAGUCGUUCAAGAGCUCAAAAGAACCGUCUACAGACCUAAAAUGGUUGUAUUAGGAUCACGGGAACAGUUAUGCAUUCACCCAGAUGUAAGCUUACUUAAAGGGAAAACGCAGACGAAUGCAUGCCACUUUCUAUGUCAAAAGCGUACCAAACGGUACUGUACUCAUUUUCCACGUGUCUCAGAGUUUGUGAAAAAUAAUCCUUCUCUUGGGGAUGAACCCAUCGACAUUGAGGACUUGGUCAACAUUGGGAAAAGCAGUGGACCAUGCCCUUAUUACAUGUCACGAGAAAUCCAUAAGGUUGUUGAUAUCUUAUUUGCACCUUACAACUAUCUUAUUGAUCCCGGUAACAGAAAAUCUUUGACCAUUGAGUGGUCCAACAGCAUACUAAUAUUUGAUGAAGCUCACAAUUUGGAGGGAAUAUGUGCAGAUGCUGCCUCUUUUGACUUACCUUCUGCACUCUUAACUUCAUGUAUUUCCGAAGCAAAAAAAUGCGAAGGCCUUGCUGUUGUCAGGAGAGAUAAAUUAAAUGACAAAUCCUAUAAUCCAGAUAAUUUUGCAAUUCUCAGAGCACUUUUAUCAAUGCUUGAGAAGCGGAUUGCUGAAGUUCGUAUUGACUCCAAAGAAUUGGGCUUUACAAAACCCGGCCCUUACAUCUAUGAGUUGCUUGGUGAGCUAAAUAUUAAACAUGAUACGGUAAAAGUGCUUCUUGAUACAAUUGCGGAGGCCAAUGAGCUACUCGAGGAUGAUGCAAAGACCAAUGAUUCUCAAAAGACAAAGGCAACUCUCUGUAGGCUGGAGAGUAUAGGGGACAUCCUUAAAAUGAUUUUCAAAGAAAAUGGUGAUACCCAUGCCCAAUAUUAUCGUGUUCAUGUUCAGGAAGUUGAAAUGAAAUCUUCAGAUACCUUUAAAUUCGAGAAAUCUAGAACUCUCAGCUGGUGGUGUUUUAACCCUGGGGUUGCUAUGGAAGAAUUUUCUAAAAAGAAUGUUGGAUCUAUUAUAUUGACAUCUGGCACAUUAUCCCCUAUGGAUUCAUUUGCUGAGGAACUGAAACUUAAAUUUCCUGUACGUUUGGAGAACCCUCAUGUUAUAUCAGAUAAUCAAUUAUGGGCUGGGAUCGUACCAGUUGGUCCAUCUGGUCAUCCGUUCAACUCUUCUUACAGGACUCGGGAUUCUGCAGAAUACAAGCUAAGUCUAGGCAAUUCUAUUGUCAAUUUUGCAAGAAUUGUACCAGACGGGUUGCUUGUCUUUUUCCCAUCAUACUAUCUUUUGAACCUAUGCAUUGAUUACUGGAAGAAUGAGAGUGCAACUGCAACAAAUUCCAUUACUAUAUGGGAAAGAAUUUGCAAACAUAAGCAACCUGUUGUGGAACCAAGACAAUCUUCACUCUUUCCCGAGGCAAUUGAUGACUACAUGGCCAAGUUAAGAGAUACUUCAACUACUGGUGCGGUGUUCUUUGCUGUAUGUCGUGGAAAGGUAAGCGAAGGACUAGAUUUUGCUGACAAUGCUGGUAGAGCUGUGAUCGUCACUGGCAUUCCAUUUGCUCUGUGGAAUGAUCCUAAGGUCCGCCUGAAACGUGAGUUCCUAGAUCAGCAGGCACCAGCACAAAGUACAGAAUGCAAGGUCUUGACAGGGGAUGAAUGGUAUAACCAACAAGCCUCACGGGCUGUAAAUCAAGCUGUUGGACGAGUCAUUCGUCAUCGUUAUGAUCAUGGAGCAAUCAUUUUUUGUGAUGAAAGGUUUACAAGAACAAGCCAUCAGUCCCAGAUAUCACGCUGGAUACAGCCUCACAUCAAGUGUUACUCAAAAUUUGGGGAUGUAGUUUUCACAUUGACCCGAUUUUUUCGAGAAGCUGCAAUCAGCUACCCAACGGAGCAGAAGCUAACACAUAUUAAAGAAUCAGGAGAAAGAAGUAUUCUGGACAGAAUCAUACAUCUGGACAAACAUGAACCUGGCAAAUUUCUUAAAUCCUUGGAUGUCGCGAAUGAAUUUUGCUCUCCCAAGUCAUCAUCUUUUUCUGAAGUCAAACGAGGCAGCCUUUUCAAGCAGCUUCAUGAAAUACUUCCUGCUAACCGAGCAAAUCUUUCUUUUGAUAAGCACAAACAGAGUUCAACCUCAAAAAGUAUAACCAAUCAACUUUCUGAGGAGAAGCUAUAUCCCAGGACGACACAGGCUGUCAAAAAAGAUGAAGUGGUCGAUUUGACCAGCGGAGAAAUAUCCAAUCAACUGACUGCACCCCGUUUUUUGAAGAAACGCAAAUUUGAAAAAGCCAAGUAUGACAAUGUAUUACAACAGUGCAACAGCUCUUGUGAUGGUCCUGUGGAAAGCAUGUUACUUGGACAAAAAUCUUCUUCAUCAACACAUGUGAGUCUUGGGUUCCUUGCAAGUCGAAAUACUGAAUCGGUGCUGGAAUGUUCAUCAUUGCCGGUGAAAAGUGAAAUAAACAUACAAAGAACAACUACUCAGUUUUCCUCUUCAGAAACCAGAAGUGGUAUUUCAAGUUUGCCUUGUGACAAUGAUCAGAAAAAAGGAUCUACUUUUCUUUUACAGGUCCAAGAGAAGCUUAGUAAAGAAGAAUACAAAGUUUUUGUGGACUUCAUGAAGGCACUUAAGUCUAAGGCCAUGAAGAUAGGCCAUGUUCUUCAGUCCAUCAUUAAAUUAUUUUCUUCUCCUGAUAGGCUUCCUCUUCAGCAAAGAUUUAAAGAUUAUAUUCCUGCAAAGUAUCAUUCGUUGUAUGAUCAUUACCUGAGAACCAAUGAUGCAACAGUAGAUCUUUGA